AUGAAGUACUCCACUACCACUCUUCUCAUUCUUGCCCAGGGCAUCACUGCCGCCCCAUCUCUUUUGAGCCAAUUUCGCCACAAAAAUGCCAAUGUCAAGGUUCCUGACUCAGCCGAGGACAUCACCCUUUCCAUCAAAGUUUCACAAUCGCCCAUUGAAAAGAUGCAUCACGGAGGUAAAUGGGAUAUUUGCUGGCUGAUGUGCUGGCCCGAGGAGCAUCAGUGCCCCGAGACCUGGUAUAGUAAGAAAGAGGUCUAG